GAGGGAGCUUCUUCACCCAGACAAAUCAUUGUCACUGGCAUUUAUACUAUACGUGCAUGGUAAUUUUUUUGAUCUCUGUAGGCAUCUGGGAUUCUUCUGCUUGGGUGGCUGGCAGCCAGCCUGGCUCAUCUGAACUGGCAGCUGCAGAGGUGGAGACUGAUCAGAAAUAGUUGGAAACAGAUAGGACCCUUUCUGGAGGCCUCUCUGCCCUUAGUUCCUUACAGGUACUGUGUACUUUGCACCUAUAGACUCACCUUUGUCAUCCAUUAUCACAGCACAAAAACCUUCAUUGGAAAUGGGAGAGUGAGAAUGUGGAACCAGGAAGCGCCAGAGCCUGGGGCUCAGAGCACUGGCUACAGUUAUUCAGCUGUUCUCUGUAUUACUGGAGGAUAAAUACAACUGAGUUGCUAUCUGCAACCCCCCUGGAAGCAAUCUAUGGAUUAAGCAGCUGAGGAAAGGAUUGGGGUGGGCAGUAUUCGUUGUGAGCAGGCAGGCUCCCACCUGCUGGAAGCACACAGCCCCAGCCAGAGAUCAAGCUGGCGGGCAGAGCAAGAUUUUUUUGCAUCACGUCGGGUUCAUCUCUCAUUCACAUGCAUCAUCACAAAUAUCAGCUCUGACAGCCGCUCUCUGUGCAAUGAGUGUGCAGCGUUUAGGUCAUCAAGAUCAAAGCCUGUGUUUGUCCCUGGACUUUCACCAAUUAAGGAGAAAAAACAAUGCUUAUCAGGAAAGCCUGUGUGAAGGACACUACUCCGGUGAUCCCUGCUUUUCCAUCACUCUCCCUUGCUCAGUGCUAUGUUAUGCAGCAGUCCUAUCUGGAAUAAAGCUGUGGGAAGUGCCUGGCACUGCGGUGUUCUGGUGGGUGCAUGUUUCCCUAUGGGGAAGGAAAAAGGAUGUGCUGGAGGUCAGAGUGCUGCUUCCAGAGCUGCAGAAGACAUAAGUGGCCCAAAGCGCUUGAGGUCACAAGAAGGUGAAGCCAGGCAACUUGAAAAGCAAGAGAGCGGCGAUUGGAGAAGAAGGAUGUGGGCUGUUCGUUAUAGAGGAGCAGGAGCAACACUUCAUGCACUCCCAUUUUGCUGUCUUUUGCCUUCUUCUCUCUCUCCUGGUCUUUUGACAAAGCCCUGCAGAUAGAGGUAUAUAUAUAACGGUAUUGGGAAGGAAGGAAGGAAGGAAGGUGGAGACAAGUUACCUCUACUAUUCCAUGGGAAAAUAAACUGUUGGAUUAUUGUCUGGAAACUGCGAGGUGCCAAAAUGAGCAAUGAGAGGCCAGAGAACCCUGAUCCAUCCCCACUGACUGAAAGCCUGAAGAGAAAGAGGGGGAGACCAAAGAAACAGACACAGGAGGAGGCUUUGGGACCAGUGCUGGAGAAGAAGCCACGAGGAAGGCCAAAAGGAAGCAAGAAAGUGAGCAGUGUAACUGGACAAAUGGUAGAACCUCCUGCUGGGAAGAGACCCCGAGGAAGGCCACGCAAGUGGCCUCAGCUGGUGGCACAAGGAGCAUCUCAGGAAGGCAAUCCUCAGGGCAGCGGUGACAUGGAUGUGAACUCAGCGCCUGCCACGCAAGGCAUCACUGGAAAAGAUGGUUUCAAGCCCAGCAAAGCUACGGCAGUUCGGAGGUCUCUGAGCAGCAUCGCCACCACAGCUCAGUAGUGUGCUGCCUGCUCACGUCCUGCUGGAGCCAGAGGACGGGCAGGCAAGCAGCAUUCUUACUGUUGUAUUUCAGAUUGUUCUUUGUGAUGAUUUCGGCUGUGUUUUCCCUCCUGUUGUCUGCUGGUUUACCCCAAACAUCCAAGCAGAGACUUAAGGGACAAAACAGCAAAUGCCUUCUCAGGGAGAUGCCUUUCUCAGUUUGCAGUCCUUUUUUUUAUUUUUUUAUUUUUUGAGGAUAAUAAUCUUUUUUACAGUUGUUCAGUUACACAGUGCCUCGUGCUGCCACGGGUAGUGAUAGUUCAGUAGGGUGAUAGUGAUGUCUCAAUUAGACAGAUACAGGAGAGGAAACCAAUCUGGACCAUUGGACUUGUAUCCUAUCACCUCUGGUACAGGACGGUGUGGUCCCAGGAAUUAAAUGUUGAUUUGCUCAUGGGGACUGCAUGUGAAAGACAGAGAUCUUCCCCUCUCUGUACCACUAAGGAGGAAAAGAAUCCCAAAACCAACUUGAUGGCAUUUCCAGCUUACCUCCAGUGGUCAGCGACUUGGAUGCUUCAGAGGAAAGCUCAACCCCAGCACCUCAGGGACUGACUGAAGUAUUUCUCCUGGUGUUAUCAGCUCAGGGCCAUCUUCCAUACCUCGCUGUUGCCUUGUGGCGCAGCCCCUGAAUUUAAUAGUGACCUUCAUGAACAUGUUUACAGAGCUUAGUCAGCCCCUGGGUUUCAUCACUUCCAAGGAGUGCCUGUAAAGAACCAAAGUGAUUCAAUAGCUGCUGCUUUGCAGAGCAUCAGGAUGGAACUGAAAUCACUGUUGCACCUGCAUGCAUGAUGUGCUCUGUGGGGUCCUCUAGCGUUGCAGCUGUGCAAAUAAAAGCUGGCGGCUCCCUAGCAGCCAACAGCGCACUCAGCUCAUGCUUCCAGUGUCAAAGAGCAUCUUCCUACAUCCUGAGGAAUGGGUAUAUUUCCGUUAUCCCCUUGCAAACAGUGAAAUCCUGAUGGUAUUUUCCAUCUGGAGGAUGCUCUGCUUGCCUACUAAAGGAACAAAUGGGGUGUUUCAAUUAUCUUUGACAGGAUGUAAAAUUGGCCAGCUUUACAGUGUUAAAUAUUUAAACAGAACAUAAUUGGCUUUAAAUUGAUGGCAGCUCAUAGCAGAAACCCAUGAAAUGGCAGCAUGUAUUGAACUCAUUUGUUAUCCUUUCAUGGGGCCCGUUUCCUUAGCAGGUAUGUAUUUAACACAAGGAAAUGUCUGCAGGCAGAAGAGUAAAGAGGAAGGGCUGAGUGGGGACAGAGAAUAGAGGAAAAGCACUUCUUCCUUUAUCCCUCUCAGUCACUUUGUCCAAUCUGCCACUGGAGCUGUGUUCUCAGCUUUGCCCUAUCAGUAGUUUGGGCAGCAUCAGUUGUAAAUGAAGAAUUGGCAGUUUGCAAACAAACCCUGGAGUUUAUUUUUAAUAAAGGUCUAAAACUUUCAGCA